CAACGAUUGGCAACGUUACGAUCGGAACACGGCGACUUUCAUUUCGCACAGGACUUGGCAAACAGCAAUGAGGGGUCGGUGCCUGUACCUCGCGGUUCAUCGUUGAAACGUCAGAAAGUGGAACCAAAAGGGAUUGCGAAGUUUUUCAUCCAGAAGUAGGCAGCUUAGUGGCGUGUUACGAUCGGGGAAAAGCCAUGAUGAUAUAUGUAUGAUAAUCAUGCCUCUGCAAGAGAAUGAGCUAUAUCGGUGGCAUGGAGUGCACAGAUUUACACAGAUCCACCAUCAAAACCUCAAUUGCCGAGUCCCGACACAGUCAUAUGAAGAGAGAAAUGAAGAUUCGAUCAAAACGCUGUCGUUCGUUCGUUCAACCCUCGAGGCAUACGUCAUUCAUUAUCAUGCUCUCGAAUUCCCAUUUCACGCCCUUCUCUACUGCUCAGGCAAAUGGAUUGAUCGUCGUUCCCGCGUUUGCCUUACUAUCUGCGCUAGCACUCGCUUUCAUAGUUUUCAGAAGUAUCCACCUCGUGGUAAUCCCCUCAUUCCAGCGUAACGGGCCGGCGUGCAGAGCUCCGGAGAACCUAUUCUUCCGUACUCAACUAGGCCAUUAUGCUGCAUCCCUUGUUUUAAGCAAUGUUUUCCUCACUGCAGCUGGGCUUAUGGAGUUUUUCUGGGUCAAACAAUCUGGCAUCCAUCAAGGUAGCACUUUUGCUGUCCUGAUGCAGAUAGGUUACUGGUCCACCUGUUUCUUCUCUGGUGCUAUCGGUGUCCACACGUGCAACUCUCUGGUAUUUCGUCUCUACCAAAUUAGUUAUCUGAGCGUUGUGGUCAUCGCCUUCGGAUGGAUCAUGUCGCUGCUGAUUGCACUGGCACCCAUCAGCCAAGCUGAUGUCUAUGGUCCAGUCACUGUUUCGUGUGGCGUCAUGACGGCAUAUCCCGGCAAGAUAUUUGGGCUUGAAGCUUUUCCGGUCAUUCUUGUCUCUGUGCUUUUGGUCAUUAUUUACUCCCCGAUUUUCCUUUUUCUCGGGGGUAUUCUGCAUGUCAAAGGGGGUAUCAAGUUGACUUGCAAGGCCCAGGGACGAUGGUGUGCUGUGACCGACUCGGAGGAAUAUCACCGCUUCUUGGCAGCUGUCGCAAAGACGAUUUCUCCUGUCUUGACUUCCUGUCUAGCAUUUGUCUCCCUCUUGUUGCCGAUCGCGGUUGUAAAUAUGGCACAAUCUUCUGGUCGUGUUAUCCCAUUUGGAGUAGGAGUAUUUGCGCAUGUAUGCUGUUCUAUGCUUGGGCUUGUCAAUGUCGGACUUAUGUACAACACCUUCCGUGUGCUCAGCCCAGUCUUCCAU